GCAGCCGCGGCCCUCACCAUGCGGUCUCAGCCCGGUGGGGAAGAGCUCCAGGCCUCUGCGGCAACCCCCAGUGCGCACAGGACAGACGGACGGACAGAGAUGGAAGACAUGAAGAUUUACGAGGCAGGAUCCCAGACACGGCAGAGGGGACACAAGGCACACGUGGGGAGGCGGCGGCAUAGCAGACAGCACCUCGAAGACAGGCACGACCCCUCUCGUCACGCCCCAGGACACCGUGGACAGAGGGGAUGGAUCACUAGUGACAAGUGAACUCUGCCCUCUGACCUGCCCGGGCCACAGUUGAGGAUUCGCCCCAGAGCAGCACUUUGGAGGUCAGUGCGGCUGUCACAGUGAUACCAAGAUGUCUGUCACUGCCCAUUUUCACUCUCGUGGUCUCACAAGGGACAGGAAUAUUCGGAGGCUGCAUGAGCAGGGACAGCACCACCAUGCUGUCGCCUAAAGGAAGACGCACACGUGUGUUCUUGUGCUCUAAACCAUUCUCAGCUUUCAAUCUCCAACACACUAACAUCUGACAGAGGGAAUCCACUUAGACAAAAGCUCUUCAGAAUCCUCAGUCACUUCAGAGGCCAGAGAGGGGUCCUGAGAUGAAACAGUUUGAGAACCGCAACCUCUGAUCUAGAAAAACUCUCCCGACACAGCGCACUGGGGAGCCUGUUCUAACACAUUCCAUAGCAAGGCUAUUCCUAACGGUAAAACCUGAACACACCAAUGAAAGCUGGAUCUCAGCACAGGGUCUGGCUGACAAACUGCAGCCAUGGUGGGACAAUUCUGGCCUGCAUUUGUUUUUACGAAAUUUUACUGGGACACGACCACGCCUAUCCACUUAGAGAUUGUCUAUGGCUGCUUUGGGGCCACAACAGUGGAGUUGAGAAGCCUCCAACAGACUGGCCCACAAGGCCACAAAACUUACUAUGGGACCCUCUACAGCAAGUCAGCUGACGCCAGGCUCAGAGGAUGUGUCCUUCGGCCGGGAGUGCACUGGGGAGAAGGCUGGCCAAGAUUCAUAUUCACGGAAGAGGGAAUCCCAAAAGUCCAGCGCCGGCCAGAACUUAAGAAGUCCCAGGAGAACUCAACCAAGUGCAACUGAGAGGAAAGACCCCACCCGAGACCCGCGAGCCCCAGGACCCCUCGAUAAUUGGUUAAGUGCAGGCAGCCACAUCUUUGACUUCCAUUUCAACUUACCUCCCAAGCUUCCUUCAACGUUCGUGAGCAAAAUUGGCCACGUCUUCUACUUCGUGCAAGCUUCCUGCAUGGGCCGGGAACACGUUUUAGGCAAGAAGAGGGUAUACUUACUGGUUCAAGGAAUUUCGAGCCUUCCUGGAGAAACCCUAUUCCAGAACCCCCUCCGUGUGGAUGCCGAGAAGAAAGUCUCCUACAAUUGCUGCAGCACAGGCACCAUCCACUUGCAAAUCCAGAUGGAGAAGAACAUCUUCACGCCGGGAGAGAGAGUCGUGUUCACAACAGAGAUCACCAACCGGACCAGCAAGUGCAUCAAGACAGUCAUCUUCGCCUUGUACGCCCGCGUGCAGUACGAGGGCUUCACGCCCAGCGCGGAGCGGCGCUUGCGGAUGGACAGCAGCGAACUCCUCAGGCAGGAGGCCAACACCCAGAUCACCCCCUUCGACACCACUAAGAUCGUCAGCACCUUCAACCUGCCACUGGUGCUGUCCGUGAACGACAGCAUGCAGGACGGCGAGAUCAUGCACACGCGCUACGAGCUGGUCAUCACCAUGCACCUGCCCUGGUCCCUCAGCAGCAUCAAGGCUAAUGUCCCCAUCAUCAUCACCAGCACCUCGGUGGGGUCAGCUCAGUCACUAGGCGCUAGGGGUGAGAGUGAGCCCGGGAACCAGGAUCCCCAAAAUUAAGUGUCCAAACUUCUAAAUAUUAAAAGCUUUAUCAGACUCUA